CUUCACAGGAACGGACAAGGUGCUGGCCUAGUUUAAUAAAUCUUACCGCGUAAACAUUUCCCCAGAACAAGAAGGAAACACCCGCAAUCUAAGCACAAGCCAACCUGCAGUAAUGGGUACUAGAAGCUGCCACCUCCUGUUAUUCUCCUUGUGUCUUUUCUAUGGUUCAGGUUUAGGAACAGCCAAAAUAUUAACGAUUAACGAAAACCAAGAAAUAUUCUCAUCUUCGGAAUUGGGCACUCAAUUGGAUGAUGUUCCAAUCGUCAAUCCCACAGAUCCAGACACAGGAAAUCCGUAUAUGGGAAACCCUACAAACCCUCAACCACCUGACAUGUCAGGACAAAACCCCACAACCCCAAACACAAAUCCAACCACUCCAAACACAAACCCAAACCCAAACCCAAACCCAACCACCCCAACCACAACCCCCACAACACCAACCCCGACUACUCCUACAUCAUCAGGUGGUCAAUGGUGUGUCGCUAACCAAGGAGCUUCAGACACUGCUCUACAGGUUGCUCUUGACUAUGCUUGUGGAUAUGGAGGUGCAGACUGCUCACAAAUACAACCAGGAGCAAGCUGUUAUAACCCCAACACUGUCCGUGAUCAUGCUUCCUAUGCAUUCAACGACUACUACCAGAAGAAUCCAGCACCUACUAGUUGUGUAUUCGGAGGGACGGCGUCGCUUACAAGCAAUGAUCCAAGUAGUGGGAGUUGCAAAUUCGCAUCACCCAAGGCAACAAGCGUAAGUCCACCACCACCAAUAUUUGUCAGUCCACCAAGUCCACCAACUCCAAUGACUCCUACGCAACCAGGCUUGACAGUUCCUGGUGUUCCUAGUGGUGACGGAUCAACUGUCUUUGGUUCAGAACCAACAGGAAGCCCCAACGCUGCCACAUCUGCCUUUUAUUCCCUGCCGCUGUUGCUCACAUGUGGCUUGCUGGCUUCCCUUCAAAUAGCAAAUUACAUCUAGAUGAUGAACAAGGUCCAGUCAUUCUUUAUGUGAUGUGUUGGAAUUCAAUCCGUCUUCCAGCAGUUUUUGCAAAGUUUCAAGGAGUCAGAGUCCACAAGUCUUGCAAUUAAAAUUACCUCUACCUUUCAUCUAUGUAUGGCUGUUAGUUGAUCAAGCCAAAAGGAUUUAUAGGUAGUAGACAGUUUUUCUACAGUAUUAGCUACUCUUCCAUAGAAAAUCCUUGUAAUUAAUAUCAGCCAGCAUGCCAUUUUAUUUACUAAACAGAAUAAAAUACAUUAAAGAACUUGAAAUCAUCGCCUUUGGACUAAAACAGGUUAUUGGUGAGAUUUGAUAACACGACGCUCAGAUCCUUUGGAAAAAUCUACUUCACAAUAGAUAUUCGAGCAGGGUAUGUGAUCACACAACACAAACUGGCUUCAUGGUUUUAGUUGCAGUUUUUAUCAAACGACUUUGAUUUUAAAUAAGACAUAACAAAUUCAACAUAUUUACACUUAAAUGUGCUCAUUCAAUUCAAUAUAAGUGAAUGCUUAACUUGCCACAGUUCGAAGGCAAUAUUCAUUUUAUUACACAUUUUAAAGACUGAUUAGUCUUUAGUAUUUUAUGGUUCAACGGGAUAAACUGAUUAGUCUAAUUUGGUUCUGAUAAAUAUGAUAAUAAACAUGUUCUAAAAACAAUUUCUAUGACAAAUACCAAAUACUGAUUCCAACUUCAUUAUUUGAAUUACCAAGUGAAAAGUAAAAGAUGGAGGAUCAAACAUAAUCCAUACAUUUUUUAUAUCAACAUUCUAACAAGGAUUGUUCUUAUUUACAACAUAUUAGGGCGUAUCAUUUAAAAUCCAACUCAGACCAGAAGUAACAAAGAUACAACAGUGAUAGAAAUGACAGCUAAGGUGG